CCCGACUCUGUACGCGGUCCCUCGCCCGAGAGUCCUGCUUUCGGUGCACUCAGCUCCCUCGGUCUUGGCCGGCCGCUCGCAACCAUGCCCCGUGUGACUGCGCUCGGGGCCCUUGUGCCAUUGCUGCUGCCUCUCCUGCUACUGCUGCUGCCGCUGCCCCGCGACGCCGGGGGGCUCGGGGACGCCACCUGGGACUCCUCGGCGCUGGAAGGCGAGGAGAGCGCGGAGCAGCUGCUGGAGCAUUACCAUGACCCGUGCAAAGCCGCUGUCUUUUGGGGAGACAUUGCCUUAGAUGAAGAGGACCUGAAGUUAUUUCACAUCGACAAAGCCCAUGACUGGGUCAAGCAGUCAGUGGAGGACAUGGGACACAGCACAGGUGGGCUUGGAGAGCAGCCAUCUGGGAGCUGGCCAAAUGCUACAGCCACAAAUGCCAGCAGCGAAGAAGCCAGAGAGGAUGGAAAGGAGAAUGCCCUGCUUCCACAGAGCCCUGGGACCUUGCAUGCUGGAGCUGAGACCUUCUCUCCCAGGGUCCGAAGAGCCACAACCUCAAGGACAGAGAGGAUAUGGCCGGGAGGGGUCAUUCCGUACGUCAUUGGAGGGAACUUCACUGGAAGCCAGAGGGCCAUUUUUAAGCAGGCCAUGAGACAUUGGGAGAAGCACACCUGCGUGACCUUCAUAGAGAGGACAGAUGAAGAAAGCUUCAUUGUGUUCAGUUACAGAACAUGUGGCUGUUGUUCCUAUGUUGGGCGCCGAGGUGGAGGCCCACAGGCCAUAUCCAUUGGAAAAAACUGUGACAAGUUUGGCAUUGUGGCCCAUGAGCUGGGCCAUGUGGUUGGGUUCUGGCAUGAACACACCCGGCCAGACAGAGACCAGCAUGUAACCAUCAUCAGAGAAAACAUCCAGCCAGGUCAGGAGUAUAAUUUCUUAAAAAUGGAAGCUGGGGAAGUGAGCUCUCUGGGAGAGAUGUACGACUUCGACAGCAUCAUGCACUACGCCCGAAACACCUUCUCAAGAGGAGUUUUCUUGGACACCAUCCUCCCCCGACGAGAUGACAAUGGUGUCAGGCCAACCAUCGGCCAGCGGGUGCGGCUCAGUCAGGGAGACAUAGCUCAAGCCAGGAAGCUAUACAAGUGCCCAGCCUGUGGGGAGACCCUGCAGGACACGAUGGGGAACUUUUCUGCACCUGGUUUCCCGAACGGCUACCCUUCUUACUCCCACUGUGUAUGGAGGAUAUCGGUCACUCCAGGGGAAAAGAUCGUCUUAAACUUCACAUCCAUGGAUUUGUUUAAAAGCCGCCUGUGCUGGUAUGACUACGUGGAGGUCCGGGAUGGUUACUGGAGAAAAGCCCCCCUGUUGGGUAGGUUUUGUGGCGACAAAGUCCCAGAGCCCCUCAUCUCCACGGACAGCCGGCUCUGGGUGGAAUUCCGAAGCAGCAGCAACAUCCUGGGCAAGGGCUUCUUCGCAGUAUAUGAAGCUACCUGUGGGGGAGACAUUAACAAAGAUGCCGGUCAGAUUCAAUCUCCUAACUACCCGGAUGAUUACAGACCUUCCAAGGAAUGUGUUUGGAGGAUUACCGUUUCGGAGGGGUAUCACGUGGGGCUUACCUUCCAAGCUUUUGAGAUCGAAAGGCACGACAGCUGUGCAUACGACUACCUGGAAAUCCGUGACGGCUUCACGGAAGACAGCGCCCUGAUUGGCCACUUCUGUGGCUAUGAGAAGCCAGACGAUGUGAAGUCCAGCUCCAAUAGAAUGUGGAUGAAGUUCGUGUCCGACGGCUCUAUCAAUAAAGCUGGCUUUGCAGCCAAUUUUUUCAAGGAGGUGGAUGAGUGUUCCUGGCCAGAUCACGGUGGGUGUGAGCAGCGCUGCGUGAACACUCUGGGCAGCUACAAGUGCAUGUGUGAUCCUGGCUAUGAGCUGGCCGCUGACAAGAAGGCCUGUGAAGUGGCCUGUGGCGGUUUCAUUACCAAGCUGAAUGGAACCAUCACCAGUCCCGGGUGGCCGAAGGAGUACCCUACGAACAAAAACUGUGUCUGGCAAGUGGUGGCCCCCGCCCAGUACCGGAUCUCCCUUCAGUUUGAAGUGUUUGAACUGGAAGGCAAUGAUGUGUGUAAGUAUGACUUCGUGGAGGUGCGCAGCGGCCUGUCCCCUGAUGCCAGGCUGCACGGCAAGUUCUGUGGCUCUGAGACGCCUGAGGUCAUCACCUCGCAGAGCAACAACAUGCGCGUGGAGUUCAAGUCCGACAACACGGUCUCCAAACGUGGCUUCAGGGCCCACUUCUUUUCAGACAAGGACGAGUGCGCCAAGGACAACGGCGGCUGCCAGCACGAGUGUGUCAACACGUUUGGGAGCUACCUGUGCAGGUGCAGGAACGGCUACCGGCUCCAUGAGAACGGGCAGGACUGCAAAGAGGCCGGCUGUGUACACAAGAUUAGCAGUGCAGAGGGGUCCCUGAUGAGCCCCAACUGGCCUGACAAAUACCCGAGCCGGAGGGAGUGCACCUGGAACAUCUCUUCAACCGCGGGCCACAGGGUGAAACUCACGUUUAAUGAAUUCGAGAUCGAGCAGCACCAGGAAUGUGCCUACGACCACCUGGAACUGUACGACGGGCCUGACAGCCAGGCCCCCGUCCUCGGCCGUUUCUGCGGCAGCAAGAAGCCGGACCCCGUGGUGGCCUCGGGCAGCAGCCUGUUUCUCCGGUUUUAUUCGGACGCCUCGGUGCAGAGGAGAGGAUUCCAGGCCAUGCACAGCACAGAGUGUGGGGGCAGGCUGAAGGCCGAAGUGCAGACCAAAGAGCUCUAUUCCCAUGCCCAGUUUGGGGACAACAACUACCCAAGCCAGGCCCGCUGCGACUGGGUGAUCGUGGCGGAGGACGGCUACGGCGUGGAGUUGAUCUUCCGCACGUUUGAGGUCGAGGAGGAAGCCGACUGCGGCUACGACUACAUGGAGGCGUUCGACGGCUACGACAGCACAGCGCCCAGGCUCGGCCGCUUCUGCGGCUCCGGGCCAUUGGAAGAAAUCUACUCUGCAGGGGAUUCUCUGAUGAUUCGAUUCCACACUGAUGACACCAUUAACAAGAAAGGCUUUCAUGCCCGAUAUACCAGUACCAAGUUCCAGGAUGCCCUACACAUGAAGAAAUAA